ACCUCUGCUAAACAGCUCUGCCCCCCGCAGUCAAAGGCUGGCUGCGGGGGGAACGAAACGUGGGGCAAGAACUGGCUGUAACCAGAUCUCUAAAACCGCUCUUAUACCCCCCUUUGCUGGAGGGAGGGGUAAAUUCAUGAAUGCGAGCUGAGUGUCAGACGGCGCGCGUGUAUGUGUGUGUCAGUGUCUCCACGUGUGAGUGUCUGUGAACAUAUGCACGUGAGAGUAUGUUAAAGAUAAGUGUUUAAACCGACGUGCCGCGCGACAUUUGGUCGACGGUCGAGCGAAGAAGGACGGACUGUUUCUGCCGGAUAAGUACGGACACACAGGCCAUGGCACUGUGUGGAGUCAAGGGGACACGUUUCUUGGGACCCAAUGUGUACCCAGAGGCUCCUGAUGGAGGCUGGGGAUGGGUGGUGGCUGUUGCCUUCUUUUUGGUGGAGGUUUUCACGUAUGGUACCAUCAAGAGCUUUGGCAUCUUCCUCCAGGACCUAAUGAAGGAGUUUGGGGAGACCAACAGUCGUGUCUCCUGGAUUGUUUCCAUCUGCGUGUUUGUCAUGACCUUUAAUGGUCCUCUCUCCUCUGUGUUGACUAACCGCUUUGGGUUCCAACUUGUUGUUAUGGUUGGAGGAUUACUCAUUUCCGUGGGUACCAUUGCCACCAGCUUUACCAGCUCCAUCAAUCAAAUAUACAUCACCUAUGGAAUAAUUGCAGGUCUUGGCUACUGUCUGACCUUCCUGCCCACUGUGACCAUCCUUUCCCAUUACUUUAACCGUCGGCGGUCUCUGGUCACCGCUGUGGCUUCCACUGGAGAGUCCCUGUCCAUGUUUGCCCUGGCACCAGCCUUUUCUGCACUGAGGGACCAUAUUGGCUGGCGACACACCAUGGCAGUGAUAGGAGCUUUGCAAAGCAUCAUCAUCAUCUGUGGUGUUAUGCUCCGGCCAAUCGUUAUCAAACCCAGAGUGACCUAUGAGACAGAGACUGACAGACUGUCUCCAAAGGAACUGGAAGCCCUCAGCACACAAGAGAAAGAAGAGGGCACAAACCCAGAGGACUCUCUGGCAGACAAUACCUCACACACACAAAAUACCUCCCACAGUCUGGACAAUGAGCUAACCAGAGGCUCUGUGAGCACUGGAGACUCUGGUGUCCAGUCUCUAAAGGACAGCAGUCCAGAAGAAAAUACUUUACUGGAUAAAGAUGCAAGAUUAGAGACAGAACAGGCACAUGUGAACAGUAUAGCAGAGAUGAUAGAGUCUGAAACAGACAAGGAAAAGAACAAAGAUGUGGAGAAACCAGUGAUAAAAGAUGAGGAAAUUAAAUCAAAUGCUGAAAACCAAUCGACAAAGAACUCCAAACUUUUAGAUUUCUCCAUCCUCAAAGACUGCAGUUUUAUUCUCUAUUCAAUGUUUGGACUGUUCGCCACGCUCGGCUUCUUCGCCCCUCAACUCUACAUUAUCGAGCUGAGUGUCAGUCGAGGCGUAAAGCGGGACCGUGCCACCUAUAUGCUGUCCACCAUGGCUGUGGCUGAAAUCUUAGGCCGAUUCUCCAUUGGGUGGAUCCUGACACGUAAGCAGUUCAUAAAGAGGAAGCUGCUUGUGCUUCUGGCAUGUGUGAUUACAAUGACAGUGGAUCUGGUGGGUUUUACUGUGGUUACCGAGUUCUAUGGCCUUGCAGUGUGCUGCGCUUUGUAUGGGUUCUUUAUGGGAACCCUAGCGUGCACCCACAUCCCCAUGCUGGCUGAGGAUGAUGUGGUGGGAAUAGAGAGGAUGUCUUCAGCUGCUGGUGUCUAUGUGUUCAUACAGAGCUUUGCUGGGCUGGCUGGACCCCCACUUGGAGGCGUGCUGGUGGACGUGACUGAGAACUACGGAUCAGCCUUCUACUCCUGUGCGGUCGGCAUGGCACUAAGUGCCCUGUUCCUGGGUUUGGUAAAACCUGCUAAGAGAGGAUUACUCUGCAGGAGGAGGAACUCAAAACACCCUGAAGACAAAGAUAAAAGAAAAGCAGACUCAGAGGAACAGAGUGCAGCACCUAAACCGGUCCACGGUGAGGCAGAGGCAGUAGAAGAUGUUCGGGAAGUCAUACGUUUUGCUUGAGCUUAUAACAUGAGAUAAUGGUAAUAAAAGGGUCAAGCCAUAUAAGGGUAAAAGGGUCAAGCCAUAUGAGGGUAAAAGACUAUGUAAACACUACUGCAGGCAAGUACUAUAUACAGUGCUGUGAAAAAGUAUUUGCCCCUUCCCGAUUUCUUUGUUUUUUACAUAUUUGUCACACUCAAAUGUUUCAGAUCGUCAGACAAAUUUUAAUAUUAGACAGAGAUAACCCAAGUAAAUAAAAAUUACAUUUUUAAAUGAGGAUUUAAAUUCUUAAGAGAAAAAGGCUAUCCAAACCUACCUGGGCCUAUGUGAAAAAGUAAUUGCCCCUCAUUUUAAAAUCAUGAAUUUACUGUGAUUAACCACAUUUUUUGGAAAGCCGAGUUCAAUUUCACUACCCAUACCCAGGCCUGAUUACUGCCAGACCUGUUGAAUCAAGAAAUCACUAAAAUAGAAUCUGUCUAACAAAGUGAAGUAGGCUAAAAUAUCUCAGAAAGUAACACAUCAUGCCACGAUGAAGAAACUCAAGAACAGAUAAGAAAUUGAUAUUUGUAAGUUUGAAAAGCAUUACAAAGCCAUUUAUAAGGCUUUGGGACUCCAGCGAACUACCCUGAGAGCCAUUAUCCACAAAUGGAGAAAACUUGGAACAGUGGUGAACCUUCCCAGGAGUGGCCACCCUACCAAAAUUACUUGUCAUGCAUCGACACAACAGAACCCAGAACAACAUCUAACACAAAGGCUUGUCUCACAUUUUCCAAAAAAUGUCUUGAUGAUCUCUGAAGGUUAGGUAGGUUUGGAGCUUUUUUCCCUUAAUAAAUCAUCAUUUAAACUGCAUUUCUUAUUUACUUGGGUUAUCUUUGUCUAAUAUUAAAAUUUGUUUGAUAAUCUGAAACAUUUAAGUGUGACAAAUAUGCAAAAAACUAAGAAAUCAGGAAGAGCACAGCACGGUACAACUGUCGUGUAUACAAUGAGGAGAAAGACCAAUGUUUAAUGUUUGUGAUUCGCCAUUGUAAGACUGGGCUAUGAGAGCAAUCUUGAAAGCAUUUAGAUCACAGUAUGUAUGUAGCAAUUGUGCCUUACAUAAUUUAUGUACCAAACAGUGUUUUUCUAUAAGUCAGUAUUGUUACAAUUAAAGAGUACACUAUAGUGAACUUUUGGUAUAGUCUUACUUUAAAGCAGGGGUGUCAAACUCAUUUUAACCAAUGGGUCACAUCAUUUGAUCUAAAGUAGGCCGGACCAAUGCAACCAUUGCACGAUAACUUAAUAUAAUAUAAUAAUAUAAUAUAAUAUUACCUCAAAUAAAAUAAAAUCAAUUGAUUUAAACAAUUCAAUUGAUUUAAUUUGAUUAAUAAAUAAUACAUCCACAUUUUUCCCUACAUCGUGAAAACAUUUACAAUUGAGAUGUGCAAUUACAACAACAUCUCUGUGUUUUGGGUCAUCAAGAAGUAAAAUAGUAUCUUGUCAACAUCUAGAAAUUCUUGUAAUUUUCCAUACACGUCCACUCGUGUAGUAAUCCUGGCACCACAACAACUGAAGUGGAAGCUACUGAGGAAGAUUUAUCCCCUACCUUAUGAACCAAAUUAAAAAUGUUGGCAGUGUAGGAGUAGGUAUAGUAGUAGGAUUUCAAUACUGUUUUACUGAUAGAGAUUCUUUUACACUGAUGCUGCUGAUUGACAACAAUUUGCACAACAUUUUUAAAUAUAACUACAAUAGUAUAGUAUAAUAAGUAUUCAUAGUUUGUAGAACUGUAGUCUGGUCAUAAAAAACCUCUGAAGCUGCAUUUUACAGGAAAUAGGCUACGGGCUGUUAAACUUGCUCUAAUCCUUAAAACUAGCACCUCUUUGCCUUCACUGGUGCCUCAAUAUUAAAUGUCAGAAUGUCACUUAAGUGUUUGUGUGUGAAUCUAGAAUGCAGUUUUGUUUUUACUGAUACUUGAUGAUUAAAAACAAAAACAAAAGUAAGUAAUGCACUUUACACACUUUUUAAAGUCAUCAACCCUUUGGUGGGUCAGUCCUGGCCUGCAGGUUGUAUGUUUGACACCUUAGCUUUAAAGGAUGAUGAUGUGACAUAUGGCUAGAAAUGAACCAUGAGUCAGUUUUAGAUAUUCCGUCAAAAACAUGUGACGCUAAUACUUGAUGAACUAAUUAGCUGCUGGUCAAUACCAUAAUGCUAGCCAGAAAAGAUGUGGCUCUAGUUGCAUGAACAAUAAAUUGCACAGAUUCUGUAACACUUGUUAUAGAAAAUACAUUAAGCUCAGGAGAUAACAUAUGUGAUUGAAAGUGUUUAUUUUUAGAUGUUGCACUGUUAUGUAAUAUGAGAUUCCAAACUAUUUUUUAAAUGAAAAUGUGUUCAAUUGCAAUAAAGUAACCGUGUGAUUUGAA